AUGUCGCUGAAAACUAUGGGUUCAUCUCACCCCGUGCAUGCAGGCCAGCAUGGCAAAUGUGACUGUGCGAUCCCUCCCUGGUGGGAGGCCGACGAGUGCCAGUGUGAGUCGCAGGCGUGUGGCAAUCCUUCGGUGACCUUCCGAAGCUUGUUCAGGGAUGAGGCGGGCGGGACGUGUGGCCCUCGGGCGCGAGCAGCCGGGGAUGGCCAACGAGUGAUCAGCUUCAGCCUCUUCGGCAACGACUCCGAGUACUGGAAGGGGCUGGGCCAGAUACUCCCUGAGGUUGAGAAGCUUUACCCUGGGUGGAAGGUCCGCGUGUACACAAACCCUCGGGGCCGUGCAGCUGCCCUCUGUCCACUGCUGCACCGCCACCCCUCGCUGCUGUUUGUGUGUGACGUAACCAACCUUCCGCCCCCCCUCGGCAACCUCUCCAGCGUGCACCCCAUGAUUUGGCGAGUGGCGCCCCUAGGGGACCCGCAGGUGGACACCAUGAUAGUUCGGGACACUGACUCCCAGGUGACCCAGCGGCAGGUGGCAGCGGUUCAGGAGUGGCUGGCCUCGGGCAAGGCAUUCCACGUUAUGAGGGACCACCCCAACCACGAUAUGCCCGUGAUGGGCGGGAUGUGGGGCGCCACAUGGGGCAAAGACCCCGCCAAAACUGGCAGGAUAAUGAGGACUCUCAGAGCCCAGGUCAUCUCUCGGAGCGCUGGGAAGAAACAAUACGGCAAAGAUCAGAGAGUUCUCAAGCAGCGACCUGGGUUACGAAAGAAAUAUGAAAAUUCAUCCAUAUCUCAACCCUGCCCCGAGUCCUGCCGCCCGCCUGCCCACCGUGACUGGCUGUACUGCUGACUCCGCCGCCUGGCCACCCAUCGCCCGAGGAAAGACUGAUUUUCUCUGACACCCGCCGCCUGGCCCACCCACCGCCCGGGGAAAGACUGAUUUCCUCUGACACCCGCCGCCUGGCCCACCUACCACCCAGGGAAAGACUGAUUUCCUCUGACACCCGCCGCCUGGCCCACCCACCGCCCGGGGAAAGACUGAUUUCCUCUGACACCCGCCGCCUGGCCCACCCACCACCCGGGGAAAGACUGAUUUCCUCUGACACCCGCCGCCUGGCCCACCCACCACCCGGGGAAAGACUGAUUUUCUCUGACACCCGCCGCCUGGCCCACCCACCACCCGGGGAAAGACUGAUUUCCUCUGACACCCGCCGCCUGGCCCACUCACCACCCGGGGAAAGACUGAUUUCCUCUGACACCCGCCGCCUGGCCCACUCACCACCCGGGGAAAGACUGAUUUCCUCUGACACCCGCCGCCUGGCCCACUCACCACCCGGGGAAAGACUGAUUUCCUCUGACACCCGCCGCCUGGCCCACUCACCACCCGGGGAAAGACUGAUUUCCUCUGACACCCGCCGCCUGGCUCACUCACCACCUGGGGAAAGAUUUAUUUCCUCCGCUCUCAACGGCCAAGUCGUCAUCAUCAUAAUAAUCAUCAUCAUCAUUCCUGCUGGAAAUGGAAGAAGGUAGUUCCUCUUGAUUUGGUGAUAAAGCUGGAUGUUUUUCAGUUUGGUGCCUGGCGGGCGCCGAGUAUUUGCUGAUGAGGAGAAUCGUCACAUCCAAAAACACAACGAUUUAGCGUCCGGAAUUACAUUACGGUAUUAUUCAAAGGUACGAAUUGUGAAAAAUAUUACCGUACCGUAACGUACUACAUGCCCUGCUGCUGGGGCUACAA